ACAGAAGGGAUGGAUUGUGGAUGUCUACGAGUCGCGUUUUGAUCCACGUGGAAACCAUAUGGAAAAUGGAAAAAGUAUUAAUUUGGCAUUAGGCGUUCGUGCAAUGAGUACAAUGAAGAGAAUUGGUCUGAAGGAAAAAGUUAUUCAUAUUGGUGUGCCAAUUCGAGAUCAAAUUGCUCAUUUUGGGGACACAAAAGGAAAACUGAAGAGACUACCUGUUCUCAAUGAUGACGAUUUCAUUCUCACAAUAAAUCGUCAAGAACUGAGCCAAAUAUUGAUCAACGAAGCGGAAAAAUAUAAUAAUGUUAAAUUUCAUUUCAAUUGUAAAGCAACCAAAUUUGACUUGAAAAGUGAAUCUCUGAUUGUACAGAAUUCGGAUAAUUUGAGUACUGUAGAUGGUGAUCUGUUUCUGGCUUGUGAUGGAGCACACUCUUCAAUUAGAAGAAGCCUUCUCAAGGCUCCAGGUUUCAAUUUCAGUCAAAAGUAUUCGGAAUUCGGUUAUAUUGAUCUGAGUGUAAAUUCUACACAACAAUGUGAUCUAAAAUUGGGAACACAUUAUUCCUGGAGAAGAAGAGGUAUUAUCCUUGUUGCCAUUGUAAAUAAAGAUCAGUCAUUGACUGUUUCGAUGUUCGCCACGUUCUCAGAGUUCGAGUCUAAUUUGGUUGGUCCCGUAGAAUCUGUUUUGUUUUUUAAGAACAAUUUUUAUGAAAUCUUCAAGAUUCUUGGAGAAGAUCACAUCAGAAACACAAUUGCCAGAAACAAACCGCAGGCAAUUAUAAGUGUUCAAUGCUCACAGCACGUCUUCUUCGACAAAUUGGUAUUGAUGGGCGAUGCAGCACAUGCAAUGGUUCCAUUCAAUGGUCAAGGUGUCAAUUGUGGAUUUGAGGAUUGCCUUGUGUUGCAGGAAAUUAUGGAUCAAUAUGAGGAAGAUGAAUUGGAAGAUGUUAUCAAAGAGUAUUCAAAAGUUAGAACAAAUGAGACGAAUAUCAUUAAUCAAAUGGAAUGGGAUGUCAAUUUAACGCUCACGAGUUCCGUCCAUGGCAGCCUGGGAUGGAUUCGAGAAAUACGUGCACACAUAAAACUAUUGUUAUGCUUCAUUUUCCCAUCAUCGUUCACAUUGGCAGCCUUCUCUCGGGAGAAAUACUCUGAAAUUGCCAGAAAAGCACAGAUCGUCGAGAAGUGCACAUCCUUAUUCACAAACGUUUUCAUUGUUUUCAUAAUUUCUGUCAUUAGCCUCUUUUGGUAUUGUGUGUUGGCAGUUUUAUGGGCGAAUUGACACCAAGAUAUACUCUACAGUACUCGGAUACUGUAGAGGAAAUCUUCAAGCAUACUGUCUGCAAUGUGCCGUCGUUUCUGGUGUUUGCGUCCAAGAAGUCUCGUGAUUUAAAAACAAGUACCGAUAUUUUAAAAACGAUUUUCUUUGCUGAAUAAAUAUAUUUAUA